AUGCUGGAUAGGCCCACCAGAUAUGCAUAUGAUCCCGGCCGGAGAUGCGAUGUAUGGUUCCAUUUAUCGUGCAGCCCAAAUGUAUUGAUCUCGGCAGUGCGUAUGGGAAGGCCCAGCUGGUUAUUGUUCGGUCCAGUACAAAUGCUGGGUAGUCUUGGAUGGGCUUACCGAUGGGCCCAGCUUGGGCCCAGCUGGUUAUUUUUGGCCCAAGAAAAUGUGUUUGGUCUCGCUUACAUGAUAUCGGAGGGGCUGACGGUUGGGCCUGGCUGGCAUCAAAUGAUCUCGGAAGGGCCGAUUAACAAGAAUAAUGAAUUGGACGGCCUACAUGAUCUUAGAAGGACCGAUGGUUGGGCACUGCUGGUAAUUUGUGGCCCAAGAGAAUGUAUUUGGUCUCGGAAGGGCCGAUCAAUCAGAAUAUGGGGUGUGCAUUUGGUCUCGGAGGGCAAGCUGAUGGUUGGGCCCAGCGGGAUGUUCUUCAUACAUGUGCAAGUGCAGGAAUUUCCUGAUAGGCCCAGUAGGAUAUUUCUCUGGCCCGGUGUUGGUGUUUCAUCUCUGAGAGUGCAUCUACGGAUUGUCGGAAUGAGUGACGGAUGGGCCCAGUCAAUUAGUGUUUGGUCCAGAGUACCGAAAGGGCCUACAGGAUAUGCCCAGCAAGUCAGGAAGGUCUGGUGA